AUGUUUGUGCUGCGAUUGAGAUAUUCACAGUGGAGGUUCGCAAAUGCUAGAGCUGAAGGAGUUAGAUAUAUCCAGAGGUUAAUUGCUGAGGAAACUCUAUACAAUGUCUGGCAUGCAACAUCAGGCCUGAGAGAUAUUGUGACAACCCAAAGAAUUUGUCUCCAGCAGAUGAAGCUAGAAAUCAAGCUUGAUGAUAUCUUAAAUAAGCAGGUGGACCUCAGAUCUCUGAAGUUAGAUAUGUCAUCAGCUCUUGAUGUAAUGCAUGCUAUGGGAUCAUCCAUAUGGUCUUUACACUGUCAGAUGGAAGAGAUAAAUAGACUUGCUUCGGAUCUUGCCGUUAUAGCUACAAAAGAGAAUUUAAUGCUUGGUAGAUGUGAAAAUAUGUUGGCAUCAACCGCAAUAGAAGAGAGUAGCCUCAUGACUCAUUUAAUGCAAAAGAAGCAAGAAGAAGAAGAGAUGAUACAAAGUCUCUAUUGUUGCCAUUAA